UUUCUAUGGAAAGCAAUGUUAAGGAGCAGGUCAAUUCUCCGAGAGCCUCCACAGCUGUGGAUCAUAGCAUCUAAAGGAGGGGCAGCCUUUGCUGACGUAGAUGUUGAAUCAGAUAAAUUGGAGGCUGGGGAAGAGAAGGGAGAUCAGACAACGCAACAGCCUUUUGGUCAGAAAGGUCAGAGAACAGCAGCUGCCUCUCAGUCUCCUUGUAUCAUUCUGGGAGGGAUCUCCAGCAACCAAGUGGUUCCCUGUUGUGUCAGCAGCCCUCCUGUGAAUUCCAACAAAGCAGCUUCUCCCAUUUUAUCAUCUAGGGCGGAUAAAAUGGAAGCUUACCAACUGGAGAUGAUGCCGGGAAUGACGCUGAAGGUGAAGGGGAAAAUUACUGAAGAUUCGGAGGGUUUCGUGAUCAAUCUGGGCACCAGCCCCAAAGAGCUAGCGCUGCAUUUCAACCCCCGAUUUGAGGAGGACACCAUCGUCUGCAAUUCCCAGCUGUUAGGCAAGUGGCAGGAGGAGCAUCGAGACGAUCACUUGUGUUUUGAACCAGGGGAUGAGAUAAAGCUUCUCGUGACCUUUGAUGAAGAUGAAUUUCAGGUGAAGCUUCCUGACGGUCACCAGGUGACAUUCCCCAACCGGGAUAAUUGCUACCACGUCUCCUACUGCUGCGUGAAGGGCGGUUUCAGUCUCACCUCCUUGAAGCUGGAGUGAGGACAACGGGGCAGCUUCCCCCUCCCCUCUUAGCCCCACAGAAGUCAUGACUUUAAUAAAGAUUUUUUUUUUCAGCA